AUGGCGGCGGGGCUGUGCUGGCGGGCCGGGCUGCGCGCGGGGAGGCGGAGACUGGUGGAUUCUCUUCUGCCAGCUGGUGUUCCUAAGCUCAGUUAUCGCUUUACAUCAUCACACAAGUAUGUUCCCAGACGGGCUGUGCUCUAUGUACCUGCGGAUGAUGAAAAGAAGAUAAGAAAAAUCCCAUCACUAAAUGUAGAUUGUGCAGUGUUGGACUGUGAAGAUGGUGUGGCUCUGAACAGAAAGAGAGAAGCAAGACUGAACAUAGUGAAAACCCUUGAAGAGUUUGACUUAGGCCAUGGUGAAAAGUGUGUCAGGAUAAACUCUGUGUCCAGCGGCCUUGCAGAAGAAGACCUAGAGGUGCUUUUGCAGUCCAAGACCCUGCCUUCAAGCAUGAUGCUGCCAAAGGUUGAAAAUGUUGAGGAAAUAAGAUGGUUUUCAGACAAAUUCUUACAUCACCUAAAAGGCCGAACACUUGUAGAACCAAUGAAUUUUAUCCCCUUUGUGGAAACUGCAAUGGGCUUGCUCAAUUUUAAGGCUGUCUGUGAAGAAGCACUGAGAACAGGAUCUCAGGCCGGCUUUCAUUUGGAUGCAGUUGUCUUUGGAGGAGAGGAUUUCCGUGCCAGCAUAGGUGCAACAAGCAGUAAGGAAACUCACGACAUUCUAUACGCCAGGCAAAAAAUCAUAGUCACAGCAAAGGCAUUUGGCCUUCAAGCAAUAGACCUUGUUUACAUUGAUUUCCAUGAUGAAGAUGGGCUCCGCAGGCAAUCGAGGGAAGGCGCCUCCAUGGGAUUCACGGGUAAGCAGGUGAUUCACCCCAACCAAAUUGCUGUUGUCCAGGAACAGUUCUCUCCAAGCCCUGAAAAAAUAAAGUGGGCACAAGAACUGAUUUCUGCUUUUGAAGAACAUCAGCGAUUAGGCAAGGGAGCGUUUACUUUCCGCGGGAGCAUGAUCGACAUGCCAUUACUGAAGCAAGCACAGAACAUUGUUACACUUGCCACAGCCAUCAAGAAAAAAUGAGCUGAUCUGUCAUAGUUUGCUUGCUGGAAUUGCUAAUUGCUAAAACUAUUCCCAACUCAAACCACUGCUCACUGCUGCAUGGCCCAUGUUCUACUCAUAGCCUGCAAUGAAGUUACAUCAUCAAAUCUGUGACAUCGCAGUAAUUACUGCAAAUGUGGGAGUAUGACUUCACUGAAGGAGAAAGGCAAAACAUGAGCCCUGAGCUCUGUUAAAGAGCAGAUGGAAACUAAUUUAAUUCUUUCUAUUUCUUUCUGUGAUUCUUCCUGCCCUGAUGCAGAACUCCUGGCAGAAAGGAGAAAGCCUUGAAUAAUUACGCACCAGUUGAAAUAACUGCGAUGAAAAUCUUUACCCUGUGUGAGCUUUGCUUUCCCCCCACACUGCCCUUCUGUAAGUGUGCAACAGCCAUUAAAAAUAAUGCUCCAACAAUGCAGGACUCUUGACUUUCUUCUCCCUUUUUUUAAGCAGUCUCUAUUCAGAGAGUUUCCUCCUGGAAGCGUCCAGCCCGGGAAGGGUUGGACGGCAAUAAACUUGUAGUUUUUGGAGACACAAUGCAGCAGAACUUGUGCAUAUGGUCUCGAGUCAGAUUUACAUCACAUUAGGGAUACGGCUACAGAUCAUGUGGGCUGUGUGGUUAACGGGCUUAGUAAAGCUGUUUUGAAGAGGUUAACCCAGCUUGUAGUAAGGGUAAAUAAACAUAACAACCAGGCAUUGUCCUCUAUUCAGCAUGUACUCUUAUAUGGAGGGCUAAAGGGUAUUGAAGCUGCAGAGGAUCAACUU